CGUUCUGCGGGUCGUCCGGCGUUUGGAGCAGCAGUGGCGGGUUUAACGCGCCGGUCACGGCUGCUCUGCCGACAGUCUGCGGGCCGAGACUGCGCUGUGACGCCGGUUUACAGCAGGACGGACACGCUUAUCAACUCCAGCAUAUAAACGGGUUUAACAGCGUCAGAGUCGCACGACCUCACGGAAGCGACACCAGAGGAAGUGAAACUCGGUGGUGCUGAAAUAACGAGCGGACGCGUUCGUUUCGUGUGAAAAGAGGAAACGUGUUGUUUUUGUGUUUCAGUCAGGCCGCAGAAACGGGCACCUACGCGGAGCCUGCCCGGCUGACUGCGCCUGCGCGGUGAGGCGAGGCCGUUACACCGCGGCCCUCAGGGCUGUAACGAUCCGCUCGGCUCGGCUCGGGAUCGCUCGGCUCGGCUUGGCUCUGUUCCGAUUCUGCACACUGUGCCUGAGAUAAAGAUCUUUAUUGUUUCCAUUUUAUUACAACAUUCAGCAUUAAUGUUACACAAAUGCAGUGAUCAGCCGAGCGAGGGAGCAAGAGCGAUGUGGUGGUUCCAGGAGGGUUUGUGUGCUCUGCCCGUCGCGCUGGUCGUGUGGACAGCAGCUACGUUCAUCUUCGCCUACAUCACAGCCAUCAGUCUGAGACAUGUGGACCCGUUAGUCCCGUACAUCAGCGAUACGGGGACGGUGGCUCCUGAGCGGUGUGUGUUCGGGCUCAUGCUGAACAUGUCAGCGUUUCUAGGUGUUGCCACCAUGUAUGUGCGCUAUAAGCAGGUUCAGGCUCUGACGGAUUUUGAGCAGAAGCGGCUUGUCCGGCUGAACACUGUCGGCCUCCUGCUGGGCUGCAUCAGCUCCUUCGGCAUGUGUGUGGUGGCCAACUUCCAGAAAACGACAGUGUUCUCUCUGCACAUGGUGGGCGCCGUGCUGACGUUUGGAGUCGGGGCGCUGUACGUCCUCAGCCAGACCGCCAUGUCCUUCUGCAUGCAGCCACUCGUCCACAGCAAGAGCAUGUUCUGGACUCGACUGACCCUCUGCGUGUGGACCUUCAGCAGCAUCAUCAGCAUGUUUGUGUCGUCACUGAUCAUGUACAGCAGCCUGCCGGGAGUGGACGUUCCCAAAAAACUGCACUGGAACCCCACUGACCCGGGAUAUGCGGCCCACCUGGCCAGUACAGUGUCCGAAUGGUCUCUGGCUUUCUCCUUCAUCAGCUUCUUCCUCACCUACAUCAGAGACUUCAAAAAGAUUAACCUGCGGGCGGAGGCGGAGCUCCAAAGCAGCACCCUGCAUGACUCCGCCCACUACAACUACACCUAUGGACCACGGGAGACCUCGCCGCUGCUCGCAGGGUCCAUCUAACACACAGACGCCUCCGUACAAACCCGCUUCUGCAGCCUCUCACACACACACACACACACACACACACAUACACACACACAUAUACAGGCUGGUUCGGUCCUGACAAGCUUCAGAUCCACAGAUAAGCAGAGAAAUCUCCCCGGAGCGGAGAUACGGAGCCCUCCUGAUGGAUAAAAUCACAGAGAAAAAACGAUAAAUAUUGUUUUUCCUGACAGCUGUGGGGUUUAACCCUGUAAACAGGUAUCAGAUGCGUUUCUAAGACACGUUUCUGAGAUACAGAGACUGAGAUUCACCUGAGAAAUCUUUUUACUGUCAGUUUAAAGGUCCAUAUAUGUUCUAUAUUCUUACAGACUAUAGCAUUUUAACCCUCAGAGACCGUCUGCUGCACAAAGCCACUCCUGCUUCUGACUUCACGGCGCUCAGACUGCAUCGUCCAGCACUCUGAACAGUGUUAUUCAUCGCUUGUGGUGAAAGUUCAUAUUCUCAGACGGCAUGUCUGCAGUUUGAUGCCAGUAUAGUAACUUUCCAUGGAAGUACUGGAGCUGUGAUGUUGUUUUUCUUCUUUUCUAACAUCUUUAGUGAUAAAAACAUUAAAACAAGCGAAUAUAACAUACAUUCACUAAUUUGAGGCAUUUUUUAAAAUGCUGGGCCUCAGUUUUCACCUCUGUAGCAUUAAUCAGCUUUAGUCGGCCCCCUUCUCUGCUAUAAUAAAUGGACCCUAUUCUGAUCUUGUGGGCCCCCUGCCUGUUUAACACAACUCUCAGUUAAUCCCCACCUCCGAAGACCUUUCCAGCUCAUCAGGUCAUUACCAAACCCUUUAGGAACUGGUAGAAAAACCUGACACUGCAGGUUUAUUAUAAAUAGCUUUUAAAUCCACUCUAAACUCCACUAAUUCAAUAUGUUACGUUUGUUUAUUGUUUGUGUAUUAAGUAAAGGUGUGUAUACACACCUUAUCAUCGCAGUGAGAAAACGUUCUAAGACACUGGUUGCAAAAACAUGUCCCUGCAAAAAUGUGUAAAAAAAUAACAUUUUUAAUGUUUAGGAGCUUCUAAAAAUAUUUUUAAAUGAUAAAAUCAUGAAAAUACAUCAGCAAAACCAGCACGUGGGUCUCUGAGGGUUAAACACACAAACUACACAACCAUGAAGGCCACUAGUUCAGAACACUCCUGCCUGCACAUCUCACACUGACCACUAGAGGGUGCUAUAGUCCAGAGAGUGAGCUAUAAGGCGCUGUAAUGCUGUUCUUACUGUUUUCAUGCUGUUUUUCAUUUUAACUGGUGAUUUUAAAGGAAGCUAUAAUUACUAUAAUUAACUCGAACGUCCAGUUUUAUGUUUUUAAACGUGGUAUCGUAAAGCAGCUCUGACUGAACCUGAACUGUAUCGCUGUGUCACUCCAGUGUGACCUCAUUACAACUAUUACUCUGAAAUCUAUUUUAUAAGGAGUUUAUAAAGAUUUUAUAAGGUUUUAUUUCCUCAUGCAGAUGUUUAUUCACUUCAGCCUCCCUGAUGUUUAAAACUCCACCAUGUGGAUGUGAACCUCUAGAGUUUGGGAGCUUUAAAGGGCCCAUGUCAUGGAAAAUCUUCUGAAGUAAGACAGUCCUAGUAUAGUAUGUAAACAGCUUUCAUAACACAUCAGUCCAUAAAUGGAAAACUUACAUUUCCAUUUACAGCAUUCAGCUGACGCUCUUAUCCAGAGUGACUUACAAUUUGAUCAUAUUACAUGGUGGGUGAAGGUGGUGUUGGGAGUCUUGCCCAAGGACUCUUAUUGGUAUAGUGUAGGGCGCUUGUCCAAGCAGGGGACAGUCUACAGCGUAGAAAACGGCAAAAAAGCAGCCUGUUUUGUUUUUAUAAUGUCACAAAAACAAACAUUUGCAUAUAUCUGUUUAUUCAGUCUAUAUGAGUUAAGCCACGCCCACUCGCGUUAUAAGGAGUGUUUCAGCCUGGACCACUUCAUCCAAACCAAUCAGAAAAGAGGUCAUUUACAUAUACUGGUAACAACAGCCUGUAUUCGUGAGGGAUAAAGAGAGGUCGGAAAAUCAUCGCGUAGAAAUGAAUUUAUUGUGCAUAAAACCACAGAAACGUCCCGUUGUAAGUGCGUCUUUGAGGAAAAAGUAAACGAUAAAAUGUGUGAUAUGGGCUCUUUAACCGGACGGAGCAGUUCAGCUGCGCGCUUUUGGGGACGUUUGAUGAAAAUAACGACUGGGUGUUUCGUCUGAAGGAAGGCUAAGCGCAUUAUUAGUUCAUUAAUCACUGAAAUAUGAUUAAACUGCUUUAUAGCGAGCUGUGAGCUGAAGCCGGUGACUUGGUACAGUUUGUACGAUCUGCUUGAAGCUAACUGAGCCCCGCUAGCCUACAUACUGUCAUUAGCCACAUUAGCAUUCCCUCACAGAAAUGUAGCCGAACUAGCGCAGUUAAAGCGACUGUUUAGCGCCAUUUGCUUAAAUCGCCCUCAGCCAGCGUGUUUUAUUAGCCACAUUAGCGUCUCCGCGCAUAUAUAAAGCGGGAAAAGCGCUAAUUAGAGCCCAUUCAUAUUAGCCUAAACCCGCUAGCGGCGCUAGCCUUUCUCCACAGGCUGACUGGUUAGCAUAAUGCUAACGCUUGAACAAGCGCGCCCUUAAAAACUUGGUUCUUCGGGGGUCUUUAGUAAUGGGAAUGGUUCUUUUUUCAUGCUUAAAUGGUUCUUUGAUCAAUGGAGAAUAUGUUUAUGGUUCUAAACAGCACCAGAAAAGGGUUCUCCUGUUGCCAAGCUCAACAUUGUAGAAAUAGCAGAACCAUUUGUAUGUAUUAUUCAAUAUAGCUCCAAAACACAUCGUCGGUCAGUAUGUGGAACAAUUUCACCUUGCAGAGAACCCUUUAAGCAUGCAGUGGUUCCAUGUAGAACUCAUGCUUGUGGAGAGAACCAUUCCCGUUAUUAAAGAACCUGUGAAGAACCAUCCUUGAGCACAGCGUACAUUAAUUAUAGCUACUUCAGCAGAACCUAUCGCAGGUCCUGUGGCUGGUUUCUGUGUUCUGUAUGAUUUGGAGAUGUUCUUGAUAAACUGUGGAUAAAAUGUGAUCUACUGUUACUGUAGUCAAACUCAGCUGAGCAAACCCGAGAUAGAUUAUAUAUAUAAAAAUAUAAAUAUUUUUGAAUUAUUUUUGUACAUUUUUUGAAAGAUUCCCCCAAAAUAUAUAAUUGCUUUCAGCACAAACAUGUCACUGCUAUUGGAACAAAACCUUGCAUAAUUUCAGUUUUUGAUCAUUUUAAAGUACAUAUUCUUUACAUUGUGUGUAAAUUUCACGAGUGGACCAAAAAGAAGCAGCCCGAAAUGAAUAAAAAGUCUGGUUCCGUGGACUUACAUUAAAAGUGUGUUCCCCUCCUGUUGUUCUGGAGCUACAAGGUUUUGCUUCAACAGUAGUGAUCUAUAGUGAUCGAUGUGUUAACAUUAUUAAACUGAACGUAAGGCGAGGCUUUUUCAGUGCAGAUUCAUGUAAGAUUCUUUCCUCCGGUUCAGUGCUGGGCCACCAAGCAGGCGUGCGUGUGAAAUGAAUGUUCAGACGUGUUUAUUUUCCUCAGAUUUUAUUCCUAUCAAUAGAACUAAAGUGCAUUUCAGUCAGCUGUGCUGUCAAAAUGAGUUUCACAGACAAGCAAUAAAACAAAAGACAGAACACUCCUGGUUUAUCAUGAAUACGUUUUACAGUUAAAACAAUCUUAACUACAGUAAAUGAUUUUAUAUCAGUUUAUAAUUAAACAUGUACAGCAUGC